UACGUGUCGUAUAAGUGAGCCACGAUUCGUUGGUUCUCACUUGCCAGCCGAGCGUUUUCAUCAUUUUAGUGGAGAUUAUUCAGCCGCACACGAUACCGUACAUACGAGUGUCUCCAGCUAAAGUUUAACAUACUUUAACUUGGCAUUUGACGUUAAAAUAAUUAUUUAAAAGUGUUUAUAAAGUGUCCCAUAGUGUCGGCAAACAUUUACCAAAACACGGAUUCACUAUGGGGAUUAAAUUUUUGGAGGUGAUAAAACCGUUCUGCAGCAUUCUGCCGGAAAUAGCGAAGCCACAGAGAAAAAUUCAAUUUAGAGAGAAAGUACUAUGGACUGCUAUCACACUUUUUAUCUUUCUCGUGUGCUGUCAAAUCCCACUUUUUGGUAUCAUGUCUUCAGACAGUGCGGAUCCUUUCUACUGGAUACGUGUUAUCUUGGCUUCAAACAGAGGUACAUUGAUGGAGUUGGGUAUUUCUCCAAUUGUAACUUCUGGUUUGAUAAUGCAGUUGCUCGCUGGAGCUAAAAUAAUUGAAGUGGGUGAUACGCCAAAAGACCGAGCACUCUUCAACGGAGCGCAAAAGUUAUUUGGUAUGGUAAUUACUGUUGGACAAGCAAUUGUUUAUGUUAUGACCGGAAUGUAUGGAGAUCCAGCUGAAAUAGGAGCAGGAGUGUGUCUGUUGAUCAUCAUCCAGCUCUUCGUUGCCGGUUUGAUUGUACUGUUGUUGGAUGAACUUCUCCAGAAGGGGUACGGUCUUGGAAGUGGUAUUUCACUUUUCAUUGCCACGAAUAUUUGUGAAACAAUCGUCUGGAAAGCGUUUUCUCCUGCUACUGUCAACACUGGCCGUGGUACCGAGUUCGAGGGUGCGGUCAUUGCAUUGUUCCAUCUAUUGGCAACCAGACAAGACAAAGUACGAGCAUUGAGAGAAGCUUUCUACCGCCAGAAUCUUCCCAAUCUCAUGAAUUUACUCGCUACUAUUUUGGUAUUUGCCAUAGUCAUAUACUUCCAGGGCUUCCGAGUUGAUUUGCCAAUCAAAUCAACCAGGUAUCGUGGUCAAUAUAGUAGCUAUCCGAUAAAACUUUUCUACACAAGUAAUAUUCCGAUUAUUCUCCAAUCUGCUUUGGUCUCCAAUCUCUAUGUCAUCUCUCAAAUGUUAGCCGUUAAAUUCCAAGGAAAUAUUAUCGUUAAUUUGUUGGGAGUGUGGUCUGAUGUUGGCGGCGGCGGUCCAGCGAGAUCUUAUCCUGUGGGUGGUCUCUGUUAUUAUUUAUCGCCGCCUGAGUCCGUUGGACACAUUGUCCAAGAUCCUGUCCACGCAUUCCUUUACAUUCUCUUCAUGUUGGGCUCAUGUGCUUUCUUCUCCAAGACAUGGAUUGAAGUAUCUGGAAGCUCUGCUAAAGAUGUCGCUAAACAACUCAAAGAACAACAGAUGGUAAUGAGAGGACACCGUGACAACUCGAUGAUUCACGAAUUAAAUCGUUACAUUCCAACUGCCGCUGCAUUUGGUGGUCUCUGUAUCGGAGCACUUUCUGUUCUUGCUGAUUUCUUAGGAGCCAUUGGUUCGGGUACUGGUAUUCUUCUUGCAGUAACAAUAAUCUACCAGUACUUCGAAAUAUUUGUGAAAGAGCAGAGUGAAAUGGGUGGAAUGAGCACGCUAUUGUUCUAAAUAUAAUUAACAUAGACUUUAAAGUAAAAGAAUUUUUUUUUUUUUUUUUUU